CGGACAUCGAUGUGUCUGCAUCCCUACAGCGCUCAGAAUCUCACACUCACUUCUUCUCUGAUCGCCUGGGAGCCUCAGCUGAGAAGAUUCAACCGCAGGGCGGGGGACUUGUGGAGUUUUUUUUUUUUUUGUUUCCACCGCUUUUCUGCAUAGAUCAUCAAUCUCCAGCAGCAACCAUUUCACCUCCACCGGUCAUGUACAGCUCCAGCUACUCCCAGGCCAAACUCGGGCCGCUGUCGAGGGAGCAGCUGCACAAACCGAAGGGGAAAAGCUGCGGAUACUACAUGAGGAUCAUCUUCUUCUUCUCAUCUCUCAUCCAGUCGCUCAUCAUCGUCAGCCUGGUGCUCUUCCUCAUCUAUGGGCAGCCGGAGAAAUCUGCGGAGGAGAAAAGGAUCAAGGAGCUGGAGAUGGGCUUCAACAUGCUGAGUGAUAACAACGUGAAGCUGAAGAAGGAGAAGGGUGAGCUUGGAGUUCAGCUGUCGGCUCGGACAGCAGAAAAAGCUGCUGUAGAGAGAGAAAUGAUGAAGCUAAAAAUGAAUUUCACCAGCGUGGACCAGGAUCUUCGAAGGAAAUUGGCUAACUCUGAGAGGGCUUAUGCCUCUGCGAUGGCGAUGGCGCGACGGCCCUCCCCUCCCAUUCAACCCCCCCCAUUUGUCUCAUCUAACAAUGAAUUAAAGGUCUUGGAGAGCCUCAACGCUCAGCAGAAAACUAUGAUUGACCUCCUUCACUCAAACUUCACUCAGACGGUUCAAUAUCUGAGCCAGGAGAGAGACAGCGCCCUCAGAGACAGAGACACACACCUCACAGAGACCAUCAAUCUGCGCACAGACAACAGAAACCUGAAGGACCAGCUCACCGCCUAUACUAGGAAGUGUAAAGAGGACUUUGCUCACUCCCUGAACGGGAUCCAGACGGUGACUAAAGCUUUCCUGGAACAGAUCAACAACUUGUUUCCCCACCAGCUGACCUUCCACCUCACCUGCAACAGCCAGAAAGAGCAACUAGACAAGAUUAAAAGCAGCUGCACGAACCUCUCCAGAGACGUGGAGAAUAAGUUCCAGCUGUAUCUGAAUAGCGUGGGAAACAAGGUGGCAGAGAUUCAAGCCCAGUCCAGUAAGAUGGAGGUGCAGAUCAAAUAUUUCAAUUCCAGUCUGCAGCGGUGUGAACAAAAGCACAGUGAGCUGAUUGCCAGAGCUGCCAAGGACUUAGAGCUCAAACAGAAAGCUCACGAUGACCAGGUGGAAAAACUAUUGGUGGAGCAGAACAGACUGAGAGACCAGAAGAAACUCCAGGAUGAGAGGCUUGCUCUGAAGGAAAAAGAGCUUCAGACCCUGCAAGGAAUUCUGCCCAACAACAAGGCUGGCCCAGCUGGUUCCCUUCAGUCGGCACCGCAGCAGAGCCGACAGGCUCCGGCUACCUGGUCCCUCAGCGGCACACACGGCAGCAGCAGAGCUCCAACAGUUGGUUGAAAUCCUUUCAUCCUUUAUCUGAACUCUGCUGCAGCAACAUUGAGAGGAAAGUGAGACAGCUCCAGCUGAUCAUCAUUUUAAAUGAACGUGUGUAAACCGCUGUCAUCACACACUUUGCUGCACUAGUGAUGACGGGAUCUGUUAAUGGAUCUUUUCUCUUUCUCCUCUUUUUGAGUUGGGGUGUAAAAAGGAUCCAAAUGUAAAGAUUUAAAUGGCACGGGUGUAAAUAUUUCCUCUUGUGUGUGACUGAUUCAUCCAGCUAAACAGACUCAGGUUAGAUUCAUUGUCCUCGGUCUCUUUUGUGUCUGCAGCAGUAAAAAUGAGCUACAGCUGCUCCUAAAAUAGCUCCGUCCAGAUUUCCUGGUGGUUCAUAUGGAUUUCUAAUGCAGACGUAAACACAUCAUCAAACCUGCACUUAUUAGCAGCUCCUCAUCCUAAUAGGUCAGAAAGGAGAAGACAAUAACGGCAUGUUUAUGAUGGUGAAAAAGGGUCGAGACUAAUAAUCAGCAGUUUUAUGGCACAUUUUACAGUUUAACUAGCUGAUAUAGGAACUGUUGUGAAACUUUACUGCUUCCUUUUCCUUUCAGAAGAGAAGAGCACAAACAGUUCUGAGGCUGGAAGCAGCUGCUGGGCUUUUUUAUUAUUAUCAUUAUUGUUAUGAGUUCAUUUUGGUACACUGAGACAAAGUCUUACUCAACAAAAGAAGACCUUUAAGAUUAAAUAAUUAAAGCAGCGUUUAGUUGUGAUUUUUGUAAAUUUUGUAUAUUUUAAUAAAAAGGAAUCGCUAAAAA